CUCUUAUAGGGACUGUAUGCAAAUUAGGGAUUACUCAUCCCAUAAAUUCUAUUGGCUGAGGUUAUCUUUUACGUUCAUACCUUUCUAUUUUCAUCGCCAUUGGUGAAAACUCGAUCCACCUUCCCAUUGGCUGUUUUCGCAAUGUCUCCCUGUCAGCCUAUCGAAAUUCAUUCCUUUCCCUGGGAGGGCAUAAAAGGGCGAGAUGAGAAGUUGUUUUCGCUUCUGCAUACGACGAGUUUGUUAGCUGUGAGGUAGCUGCCAUGUCUGGACGCGGUAAACAAGGUGGGAAGGCUCGGGCCAAGGCUAAGUCGCGCUCGUCACGGGCUGGAUUGCAGUUCCCCGUGGGUCGCGUCCACCGCCUGCUGCGCAAAGGCAACUAUGCGGAGCGAGUGGGGGCUGGUGCUCCAGUGUAUCUAGCGGCUGUGCUAGAGUACCUGACGGCUGAGAUCUUGGAGUUGGCAGGCAAUGCUGCCCGCGACAACAAGAAGACACGUAUCAUUCCCCGUCACUUGCAGCUGGCCAUCCGCAACGACGAGGAGCUCAACAAGCUGCUGGGCAAGGUGACUAUCGCGCAGGGUGGAGUGCUGCCCAACAUCCAGGCCGUGCUGCUGCCCAAGAAGACCGACAGCCACAAGGCUAAAGCCAAGUGAACACCAGACAACUAUGCUAGCAAAGUUUUUUGUUACCCAAGGAAACCCAAAGGCUCUUUUCAGAGCCACCAACAAAUUCAGAAAAAGAGCAUGAAAUUGUGGUGAAAUGUAA